UAGGCUGGCGUCCAGAGGCCCGUCCUGGGAGCGGCCGGUGAGGCGCGAACCCGGCACCGCCGCACUCUGGUCCCUCCCGCCUGGGAUCCCGCGCCCUGCCGAGGUCGGGCCCUGGCUCCGAGAGGCGUGGCCGGCCCUCAAGCCCACAGCGGCGGCCAUGGCCUCGGUGGUGGAAUACAAGGGCCUGAAGGCCGGCUACUACUGCGGCUACUGCGAGUCCCCGGAGGGCAAGGCGUCGAGUGGCAUGUGGGCACAUUCCAUGACAGUUCAGGAUUAUCAGGAUCUUAUAGACCGAGGAUGGAGAAGAAGUGGGACAUAUGUAUACAAGCCUGUCAUGAAUCAAACAUGCUGUCCUCAGUAUACGAUAAGGUGUCAUCCUUUACAGUUUCAGCCAUCAAAAUCUCACAAGAAAGUUUUGAAAAAAAUGCUGAAAUUUCUGGCUAAAGGGGAGAUUUCGAAAGACACUUGUGAGGAUGAGCCCAUGGAUUCUACAAUGGAGGAUGCUGUUGCUGGUGACUUUGCAUUAAUAAACAAGUUGGAUAUAAAGUGUGAUCUUAAAACACUCAGCAGUGAUCUCAAAGGAAGCAUAGAGAGUGAAGAGAAGAAGAAAGAAAAAAGUUUAAAAAAAGAAGGAUCUAAAGAAUUAAUUCAUCCACAAGCUAUAGAGGAAAAGUUGGGCUCUGGUGAACCAUCACAUUCAAUCAAAGUUCAUAUUGGUCCUAAGCCAGGUAAAGGGGCUGAUUUGAGUAAGCCUCCAUGUCGAAAAGCAAAGGAAAUGCGGAAAGAAAGGAAAAGAUUAAAACUCAUGCAGCAAAACGCAACUGGAGCCUUUGAGGGUUUCCAGGCUCAAGGUCAGCCAGCAUCUUUGCUACCAAAGGCUAAAUCCAAUCAGCCCAAGUCACUUGAAGAUUUAAUUUUUGAAUCUUUACCAGAGAAUGCAUCACACAAGUUAGAGGUGAGGGUGGUGAGAUCUUCUCCACCAAGUCCUCAGUUCAAAGCCACAUUUCAGGAGUCUUACCAGGUCUAUAAGCGUUACCAGAUGGUUAUUCACAAGGAUCCACCUGAUAAACCAACUGUGAGCCAGUUCACAAGAUUCCUUUGCAGCUCACCGUUGGAGGCAGAGCACCCUGCUAAUGGACCGGAGUGCGGUUAUGGCUCCUUUCACCAGCAGUACUGGCUCGAUGGGAAGAUCAUUGCUGUGGGUGUGAUAGACAUCCUCCCAUACUGUGUGUCUUCAGUGUAUCUGUACUAUGAUCCUGAUUAUUCAUUUCUGUCUUUGGGUGUCUAUUCAGCAUUAAGAGAAAUUGCUUUUACUAGACAACUGCAUGAGAAAACAUCGCAACUCAGCUAUUAUUAUAUGGGUUUCUACAUUCAUUCCUGUCCCAAGAUGAGAUACAAGGGUCAGUAUAGACCUUCUGAUCUGCUGUGUCCUGAGACGUAUGUCUGGGUGCCCAUUGAGCAAUGCCUGCCUUCUCUUGACAACUCCAAGUACUGCCGUCUCAACCAGGACCCACAAGCAGUGGAUGAAGGACGCUGUAAGGACCUUGACCGACUACGAGUAUUUCACAGGCGAGCGGCCAUGCCUUACGGUGUUUAUAAAAACCACCAAGAAGACCCGAGUGAGGAGGCCGCUGUGCUAGAGUAUGCAAACCUUGUGGGCCAAAAGUGCUCUGAGAGGAUGCUGCUGUUCAGACAGUGAGGAGCUGGACCGCAGCCCAGCAGCACCAGUCUGGCACUCUGGUUACAGUCCUGCCAUGUGUCAGCUCCUGCAGCCACUCACCACAUAUAUUCUUAGAGCUUUUAAAAAAUAUUUUGUGGAGUUGUAUUUAUGAGAAUCUUGUGAUUAAUAUAAAGAUUUUAAAAUACAUGAUGAUCUAGCCCCUUAAUCGGGACUUGGCCUUCUGGAGUUUCCUUCUGGAACAAGGUGUGCUAAAUGUCUCCCGUAAAUACUUUGGGGAGAAAAGGGAAGAAGUGAAUCUAAGUAAUUUCCUCACAUUGCUGUUUUUGUCUUGAAGAAAUUCUAACACAGAGACAGUUUGCUUAGACCAGUGGUUCUCAACCUGUGAGUCUCGAACCGUACAAGGGUUGUAUGUUGAAUAUUUACAUUAUGAUUCAUAAUGGUAGCAAAAUUACAGUUAUAAAUAG